UGACACAAGUUCUAUUGUAGAUCUCACUUUCUUCAGUGGCAGCCUCACCAGAGGUAAUAUCAACUGGAAGGUGAUGGAUACCUACACAGCCAGCGACCACAACGCGAUUCUCUGGGAAAUAUUAAACGCCCAGAGCCCGAGAAGACCUAAAAAGCAACUUAACACCAUUGGUUGGAAGGUAAAAACUCUUGACCCAAGGGCAUUGUUAGUAGCUCUCAAUAGUGACCAGAUUAUCGCGGGCUGCGCAGAAGAGAAGACCAAGGACCUGAUGAAAAGAGUGACCCAGGCGUGUGACGCCAGUAUGUCUCGUAGACGUGGCAUAAACACAAGUCCCCAAUAUUGCUUUAAAAACAACUAUAAAAGCAGUGCCAUCAUUGUUCCUGGACGUCUACGACACAUGCCUCAAGGAAGGGAUUUUCCCUCAGAAGUGGAAGCAGCAACGACUAGUACUACUUCCAAAAGGGAAAAAGCCACCAGAAGAACCGUCAUCUUAUCGACCACUUUGUAUGUUAGACACGGCAGGUAAGAUACU